UAUAAACACUAGAAUAUUUUGUUGUUAAAAUGCAUGUGAAUAUUAUUGCAGCGUUUUUAAUAUUAUCAACUUUAAUUGUUGUCCACCAUGCGGAAGAGAUUUCUAGAGGUUCAAGAAUAAUUGGCGGAACUAACGCCAGAACCGGACAAUAUAGAUUUGCCGCUGCUAUCACUGUUCAGACAGAAACCAGCAGAUUCUUUUGCGGAGGAUCUCUUAUCACAAGUCAGUGGAUUUUAACUGCCGGACAAUGCGUUUUUAGGGCUACACUAUUUACAAUUCAGCUAGGGUCCAACACACUAACUGAAGAUGAUCCCAAUCGAGUAACUGUCGCCACGUCCGAGUACGCUCUACAUCCAGAAUUCAACCCAACAACACUGGAAAAUGACGUAGGGCUCAUCAAACUAAGACUUCCAGUAGAGUUUACGAGCUACCUUAACACAAUAUACUAUGAAGAUCCGACCCCAGUAGGAAAUAAGUCUAGUCUCUUGUCAAUAGGAUGGGGGCAGACUAGUGAUGACGAUCCUGAGUUGUCUGAACAUCUUAAUUAUGUUCAAGUUUCCUCAAUAUCCAAUACAGAAUGUAGAUUGACAUACGGAAGCCAAGUUACUGAUUACAUGAUUUGCGUCGCUGGAUCUUUUAAUCAAGGAACCUGCAUUGGAGACACAGGUAGCGCACUAGUACAAAUUGGAAGUAGAGGAGCAGAGGCACAUAGAGGAAUUGCGAGUUUUGUAAGCGGAAAUGGCUGUCAAAGUACUGAUCCUUCAGGAUAUACAAGAACACAUCCCUAUCUUGAUUGGAUACAAAAUACAAUUCUAACCUGAACGAGAUUCUUAUAUUACAAAAAGUUAAUAAAUUCGUUAACACAUUAA